CCGAGAGUAAAGAAAAGCUUCACUCUCCGUUCCACUCUGCAGUCUCUCUCUCUCUCUCUCUCAUGACUUGUCGACUCCGUCUCCAAAGCAUCCUCGGUGUGAGCAGAAGUAGCAUUUGCGAACGACGUUUCUCUCCCGCUCGGACCAAACCCAGGGUUUGGUUCAGUACGAGUGCAUACAGGGCUGAGGUUGGAAUGGAGAGAAGUGAUCGAUCCAAGGUCUCCGAUGGAAUGGUGGUGGUCGGCGAUCCUCAGUUGCUCGAGAACAAAAAAGCUGCAAUUCGGAAUGCCGGUCCUGGAAAACUCCAGGUAAUUGCAGAUUUUGAUGCUACACUAACAAAGUACAGGAUAAACGGCUGCUGUGGCCAGACCAGUCAUAACUUGUUGCAGCAGAGUAAUCCUGAGUAUGACAUCAAAAGACAGGAACUAUAUGAAUAUUAUCAUCCUUUAGAAUUUUCUCCCAUAAUUCCCAUUGAAGAGAAAACAAAGCUCAUGGUAGAGUGGUGGGAGAAAACCCAUGCUCUUCUUAUUGAGGGAGGCCUUACAUGUGAUGACAUAAAGAAGUCUGUGGAAAGCGCAACAAUUGAGUUUAGGGAGGGUGUAUUCGAAUUGUUUGAAUUUUUAGAGGAAAUAGGUGUGCCUGUUCUCAUAUUUUCUGCAGGACUUGCGGACAUCAUUGAGGAGGUCUUGAGGCAGAAACUUCGCAAAUCAUUUAAGAAUAUCAAGAUUGUAUCAAACCGAAUGAUAUUCAGUAAAGAUGGUCAUCUUGUAUCUUUUAAAGGCAAGACAAUCCAUGUUCUCAAUAAGAAUGAACAUGCUCUUGAUAUGGCUGCACCUCUUCAUGAUCAUUUGGGUGGCAAUGAUGGGCCAAUUAAUGAUAAUGCUUCAGUAAAAAAAAGAACAAAUGUGCUGCUUCUUGGUGAUCACAUGGGAGAUUUGGGCAUGUCUGAUGGGUUGAACUAUGAAAAUCGAAUUGCUGUGGGGUUCCUGAAUGAUAACAUUGAGAAGUCUAUUGGAAACUAUCAAGAAGCAUUUGAUGUUGUAUAUCUGAAUGAUGCACCCAUGUGGGGAGUGGUCGAGCUUGUCUCUCAGAUCUGUUCAUCUGAAAAUCAUUGAGCCAGUUUGGACAUCAGGACAUUAAUUCCAUUUCACAUUCUGUUCAUGAGAUCACGGACUCAAAAGUCAGGAUGAGUGGGGGAGGUCAAGAAGAUUUUUCAGAAAUAGGGUAGGCUAUUGGAAGUUGGAACUUUUCUGAAAAUGCAGGGUGUAUGAAAUUGCUGUAUUUGGUUUUAUAGAGAUGAAUAACUUCUUCCCUCAA